AUGGCGAUAGCCGAGUUGUACAAUCUACUCAAUCAAUGGAGACGCCGCUACAGUACUUUCGAGGAGCUUGAGGAAGAAGUAACGAGGCAAAUAGCCAACUCAAGCGAAAUCGAGUACGUUAAACUCAGUUUUGAGGAGAUAACCACUUGUUUUGAUCUGCUUGAUACGCUCGCAGACGACUUAGCCGCGUUUUUUACUCAGGAAGCACAAGACUGCCUCAACACUGCUUCAACGCUACGAAAACGAAAGUGCGACCUACUGAUCAAUGUUAGAAAAUACGAAAAGGUCUUAACAAACGAUGGUUCAGUUUCCACAAGGUCUAACAGCCCACUUAGAGUGCAAGGCACAUCUGAAACAGCCAGUGUACCAGUAAGAAGCUCAAAUACUACUGAAAACUUGGCCAACAACUUCAUCAGUACUACGGCUGCCGACUUCUCAACUUACACAUCCACCUACGGCUUGAGUUCAUUCGACUUAGACGCUCCCCAACGCUACAGUUUCCCACCUCUACCGGGAACCAACAGAGCUAUGGAUCAGACAGUCAACGGUGUCAUCACUACUUCUACAACUGAUUUCAGAUCAGUCUCACCGUCUGCAAACCCGUGUACUUUCAACUUUCGAGCUCCACGACGAUACAACUUCUCGCCUCCACCAGUUUCCAAUGAAAAUCACAUUUGGAACGACAACUCAAGACUUGAAGCCCAGAUGUCAACUGGCAAUAAUCGAUAUGGUCUGCUAACAACUUCAAUUGCAAAUAGUCCUGCUACUACAUCUGAACAGUUCGUUACCAACCACUUCAACGACCAUCAUAGGACUAUCCUACAAUCACACGAACAACAACGCAACAGCCUUUUCGAUAAUGAACAAAGACAAAUCACCAACCACACUACCAGUCAUCCGACCACUGCCAUCAACUACAGUUUGAAAGGAUUCAAAUUGCCAGAUAUAAAACUACAAAAGUUUGACGGCAACCCACUGGAGUGGAACAACUGGUUCGAACUCUUCCAGACUGCGAUUGGCAACAACCCACGCCUAAGCCCAUUUGAAAAAAUAACUUACUUGCAGUCAUUAUGCACUGAUAAUGCUAAAUCUUUAAUAGAGAGCUACGGAACCAAUUCUUCUCAGUAUGAACAGGCAAUACUUGAAUCAGUGCGUAGAUACGGUAACCCAAAAGAUGUGGUGUCAGCGUUCAUCAGGGAACUUGAAAAGUUUGACAAAUUGAUACUAAGCGAACCACAGGGUUUCAUAAGAUACGCUGCUUUCCUACGGAAACUAAUCCACAACUUCGAACUCAACGGCUACACCGCUGAUCUAAAUUCUAGUAACCUGACUCGACUUGCUCGAUCAAAACUCCCAGUAACUCUACUAAUGAAGUGGGAAGAACACUGCGUGCUGCACGAUCUCGAUUAUGCUACACUCAAAGACUUGACGCACUACCUCAAUAACUACUCGCGAGCAUGCGAGAACCUGGACAUAGACCCGUCGACUCCAAACCAAGCGGGACGAAAUCGCCAACCUAUGAAGCAACAACAAACCGACAGCCGACCCAACCAAUUUACUUCUAUGUCCAGGCAAAACUACGACAAAUCUUCAGGCAUAUCAGCAAGACCAACAACUUUAACAUGUCCAAUAGAUAACCAAGUUCACUACGUUGGAAAAUGUCCGGACUUUUUGAAACUUCCCGUAGAUCAACGGGCAGAGCUGGUGAAGCAACAUAAGCUGUGCUUCAACUGCUUAGGCCAACACAGAUUUAGUGAAUGCACAUCGUCUAAGCGAUGUUUCAUCAACAACUGCGGAGGGAAACACCAUUCAACUCUACACAUCCAGAAAAAACCAUUUCAAACGCACAACCAAAAAUCAAAUAACAUGCAGCUUGGCACUACAAUUGCUACGCCAUACUCGACAACUGCAGCAGCUGCUCAUAUAUCCUCAGCAAAACAGCUUCAGUGCAAACCAAGCCAACAACUACAGCUUAGCGUACGAGGUGCUUUCAGUAAGGAAAAAGUGUCUUCCUCGCUGGUCCGGCUUAGUAUCGGACCACAUAACGCUACAAAACCUACUUUCACCCUACAAUCAGUCUAUUCAGUUGAAGCUCUGAGUUUUGACGCUAUCGACGCAAACAACCUUAACAAAACGUGCUCACUCUACAAUCACCUUCGACAUGUCAACUUGCCUGAACUAGGCGACAACACAGUUCAAAUUUUGCUUGGCGUAGAUGCUUUCUGGAAUAUAGCGGAGCGCGAUAUCAGAAAAGGUCCUACAGGCACGCCCUACGCUGUAAAAAACCUACUAGGUUGGACGAUCACUGGCCCACUCAACCAGAAAUCUAAUAGUUCCGGACCAAGUUCACACUCAACUAACUUCAUCGACUUAAAUGAUCAAGAAGACGCUAAUCUCACUGAAUUAGUGGAAAAUUUCUGGAAAGUAGAAGGAUCAGGCAUCCAGGAAGAUAACAAAGCUACAUACUCUGAUAAAAGCAAACGACAACUAAGAUUUAUGGAAAAAAGUAUUGAGCACGAUGGAGAUCGCUACAAAAUAAAUCUGCUCUGGAAAAACGAAAUAAAAUUGCCAAACAAUUAUCCGGUAGCUAAAGCUCAACUGCUAUCGCUACAAAAACGGCUCAGAAAAGACCCUGAAACCAUGCAACUCUACGAGAAAUCGCUUACUACUGACCUGGAAAAUAACUACGUCAAGCCCGUUACUUUCCAAUACCCACAACCUGAAUUACUUUGGUACCUCCCACAUCACCCUGUUACUAAUCCAAACAAGCCCGGAAAGGUACGCAGAGUGGCCAACGCCGCCUCAACGUACAAAGGCGUCUCGCUGAACUCUUGCCUCGAAACUGGACCUGACCUCCUGUACAACAUGUUUGGACUUCUACUAUGA